AUACCCCACGCAACAAGUUGCGGAUGGUAUAAUGUUUUUGACCAGUCUGUCUGUCCGUCUGUCCAUCCGUCUGUCCGUCUGUCCGUCCGUCAGUCCAUCAGUCCUAUUUCUUGUCAUCGCAACUCCUCUCAAACCACACAACAGAAUUUCACGAAACCUUUUUAGAUAAAAAGGACAUACUAUGUAGUUGUGCAUAUCAACAGGAAAUUAAGAUUCAAUUUUUUUUCUAGGAGUUACACCCCUUUGAACUUAUUUGCUUUAAUGUACUACUGCAACAGUUUGUCAUCGCAACUCCUCUGAAACCACACAACAGAAUUUCAUGAUACUUUGUAGAUAAUAAGGACAUACUAUGUAGUUGUGCAUAUCGACAGGAAAUUACGAUUCAUUUUUUUUUUUCUUAAGUGUUACGCCCCUUUGAACUUAUUUGCUUCAAUGUACUAUUGCAAAAGUUUGUCAUUGCAACUCUUCUGAAACCACACAACAGAAUUUCAUGAUACUUUGUAGAUAAUAAGGACAUACUACGUAGAUGUGCAUAUCGACAGGAAAUUAUGAUUCAAUUUUUUUUCUAGGAGUUAUGCCCCUUUGAACUUAUUUGCUUCAAUGUACUUUUGCAACAGUUUGUCAUCACAACUCCUCUGAAACCACACAACAGAAUUUCAUGAAACUUUGUAGAUAAUAAGGACAUACUGUGUAGAUUUGCAUAUUGACAGGAAAUUAUGAUUCAAUUUUUUUUUCUUAUACAAUUUUUUUUUCUUGCACUUAUUUUAUUUCUCCAAUGACAAUGUGGGGACGUGGGGUAUGUGAGCGCGCUCACUAAGGUUCUUUAAUUUAAAAUAUUUUCAGAUUCAUAUUUCAAAGGGAAGAGAAGUAGCAGAUCACUGUAUGUUGUAUGCCCUCAGUGAUGAAAAAGAUGAGGCAUUUAUAGAACAAUGUUCCCACAAUCACCAGAUGGUCUGUGAAAGCUGUGAGCAGUUGAAGGAGACCAUUGCUGCUUUAGAAAAGAUCUUUGUUACUUCCUCAGUAGAUGGAAAAGAGGAUGAGAUGAAUGACCUUAAUUUUAGGGUACAACAAGCAACAAGAAAUAUUUUCAGCCUGAAAAAGCACAUAAUAAGAUGUAAAAACCAGGACUUAGCAAAAACUCAUCUAUUUGAAACUAUGCCUACAGAUGAAGUUUUACUGGUAUGUGACUGGGCAAUGAAGUUUUUGCCACGAAAGUUUCGUGAAGAUCAGUAUGAUUGGUUCGGAAAGAGAGGAAUCCCAUGGCAUAUAUCUAUAGCCUUUUGUAGGAAAGAUGAUGGAAGCAUUGGUAGCCUUGGAUUUGUUCAUUUGUUUGCAACGCAAAUAUCCCAGGACAGCCGAGUAACAGCCAGUAUUAUCCAAGAUGUUAUGGACAAAAUUAGAGAAAUCAACACCACUGACAUCAAAUUUCAUGUAUGGUCUGACAAUGCUGGUUGCUACAAGUCUACAGAGAUGCUUUCAUUCUUAUUCCAUUCAGGACUUAUCCUGUCAUAUGACUUCUGCGAAUCCCAGAAUGGGAAGGGACCAUGUGAUCGCACUGCCGCAACCAUCAAAUCUUCUAUUAGAAGAUAUGUAAACCAGGGUCAUGAUGUACUUACAGCACAAUCAAUGAAAAAGGCAAUAGACAAGUCAGCCAAAAAUGUAAAGUACAUAGUUCGUGUUAUAGAAGGACCUGAGUGUAGGAAAACCAAGUACACUCCUAUACCAGCUAUAUCAUCUUACAGUAACUUCACAUUUAGCGCACAUGGCAUUACUGCAUGGAAGGCAUACCAAGUUGGCACAGGAAAGCUAAUACCUUCAUCUAAUAUUCCAACCGUUGAAAAGUGUAUUCUCAAUACUUCAUGUUCAGAGAUAGAGGGUGAAAUUGAUGUGGUUUUUCACCAACUGCCACUUAAAGCUGAAGAGGAAGAAAACACCAUAACAUGUGCAAAUGAGGGAUGCACACUGUCUUUUUCUUCUUUUCAUGAGCUGUCAAGCCACUUAAUGUUCGGCAAGUGUGAGUUUGAAUUUAGGUGCCAGUUUAGUAAUGGAUGUGACAUUACAAAGAUGUCUAAGUCUUUUUCAACCAACUUUCAAGUUUCAUCAGCAGGACUGACAGUUGGAAUUGAUGACAACUCAGAUUUAGAACUUGGCUGGGCAUUGAAAGAAGAAAGGAAGAACAAACGAUUCAAUGUAAACCAAAAAGAAUAUCUUACUGAAAAGUUUAAUAAAGGUCUAAAAACUGGAAGAAAAGAAGAUCCUUUUUUGGUAUCAGAGGAAAUGCUGACUGAGAGAAAAGAAGAUGGAAAUAGAAGAUUUUCAUAUGAAGAAAUCCUUUCUGUACAGCAAAUCACAAGUUUCUUUUCUAGAAUGAGCAGGAAGAACAAAUCAUUUGAUGAUUCCGUUGAUGCAUCAAGGGAAGAAACUAUAACAACUAUCAGGAGAGAACUAACUGCAGAUGAACUUAAUUAAAUUUUGUUUACCAAC